AGGCAGACCACACAGUCAGAAGAAUUUCCUUGGGGUGGAGCCUGAGCCCGGGGGAAGAAAGCGACGCCAAGGGGCAAAGCGCCUGAGACUCCAAUCGGAGCGUGACAUCCAGCCCGGGACAGACAGCGACUGACCGGUCAGGGACUUGGUGGGGCUCACAAGAGACCCGAUGGCCCAGGCCAGCCCCCUGCCCCUCCCCAAGCUGCUGCUGCUGCUGCUGCUUCCUCCACACCUAGGAGCCGCCCCUCAAACAGUGCAGGUGAAUGUGUCUUCAGUGGCUCGUGGUCUCCUGGGGGCAGAGGUGCGGCUCCCAUGCCACCUGGUGCCUGGGGAAGUAGAAGUCCAGGUGUCCCAGGUGACGUGGCUACGCCAUGAUCAGACUGGUGGCAGCGUGAGCAUAGCCGUCUUCCACCCAAUCCAUGGUGCUGGCUUCCCCAGCACAGGGCCUGGUGAGGAACGCCUGGCAUUCGUCUCCCAGAGCCAGGGUCUGGGUUCGGAGUUCCAGGAUGCUACCCUGGUCCUUCAGGAUCUGAGGGUGGAGGAUGAGGCCAAUUAUACCUGCGAGUUUGCCACCUUCCCUGGGGGGAACAGCAAAGGCACCACAUGGCUUAGAGUGCUGGCUGAACCUAAAAACCACAUAGAGGCCCAUGAGGUGACCUUGGGCCCAGGCUCCAUGACCAUGGCCACCUGUGUCUCCAGUGGGGGCCGUCCACCUGCUCGAAUCUACUGGUCCUCUCCACCAGCUGGCCAGAGCAAUGAGACCAGGACAGCAGGACUGGCCUCUGACACCUUCACUGUUACCAGCCGCUUGACCCUCAUUCCUACAGCCCAAAUGAAUGAGAAGGAGGUCAUCUGUAAGGUGGAGCAUGAGACCCUCAGUGAGCCUGCCCUGCUGUCCAUCACCCUGGUCGUGAGAUACUCCCCUAAGGUCUCCAUCUCAAGCCAUGAUGAAGACUGGUAUGUUGGGCGAGAGAAAGCCUCCCUGAGCUGUGAUGCUCAAAGCAACCCCAAGCCCACAGCCUACAACUGGAGCACGGCUUCCGGCUUCCUCCCUCCUACAGCUCUGUCUGAUGGGCCCAAGCUCGUCAUCCACCCCGUGGACUGGUCAGUCAACACCACCUUCAUCUGCCAGGUCACUAACGCUGUGGGCACAGGAUGGGCUAAUCGAACCAUCCAUGUCAAAGAGACACUGUCUUCCAAAGAAUCCAGAGAAAAAUUGGUGGGCACCGUGGUGGCCAUCGUGGUAGGUCUGAUUGGACUUGGCAGCAUCCUGUAUUGCGUGCUCACCAGGAGGUGCCCGGGUCAAGGCCGCCAGAACUAUUCACCUAAUAGGCAAGUCUACACCUCAGUGGCCUGCACUACCAGUCUACCCAGGCCAACCCAGAAUACUACAGCAGAUGAUGUCAACCAAAAUGACAGACAGGCUCUACCCCAGUGACAGAUCCCUCCCAGGCUCCAGACAAGUCUCCUCCCUACCCUGACAUCCCUACCAAGGCUCUCCUCUCCUCUGACUGGUGCCCAGGGAAGGACAGCCCGUUGGGAAGAGCUCAGCCUGGGCAUCAGGAGACUUGACUCUUUGCCCCUGCUGCCCUCUGGCAGGACUGCAGGACCAUGAACAAGACCCUUCCUCUCUCCUGCCUCAGCUUCCCCAUCCAGAAGAAAGAAGGGGCCAAUCCACAAGCAUCUGUUAAGCACCUACUCUAUGUACCGGGGAUUGCCCUCAGUUCUCAACUAGGUGUUCCCUAAAGUCCCUUCCAGCUCUUAAAAAAAAAUCGAUUCUUUUCUCUCUUCUCCUAAUGGAGAGACAACAUGUU